GCUGAACAUGGGAACUAUGCGCAAACCUGAUGCGCAGAAAGCUCUCGGAGCUAAACAUGAUUGUGUUCACAUUCUCCAGACUGUCCCAUUUACUGAGGAUAUCAGGCAGUAAAGCUUCAGUAUUCCGAAACGGGACCGACAUAAAACGCGGAGCAGGUUGCUGUGUGCAGCUGAAAAGAUUCCAGGUCAGGGGAUGCAGUCAAAUGGGUCGAUGAACAAAAAAGGUCUGCAGGAUAGGCAGAAGCAGCAAAUGGCCAGAGGUCUUCCUAAGCAGAAGCCCAUCAGAGACGUCAAACAGGUGAUUGUUGUUGCUUCGGGGAAAGGCGGCGUGGGCAAGUCCACAACAGCAGUGAACUUGGCUCUUGGAUUAAUGGCCAUUGACAAGUCUAAGUCAGUUGGUCUGUUGGAUGCUGACAUCUAUGGGCCCUCCGUUCCCAAACUGAUGAACUUGAAAGGAAACCCAGAGCUCAAUGAUGAUAAUCGAAUGAUUCCUCUUAUCAACUAUGGUGUCCCAUGUAUGUCAAUGGGCUUCCUGGUGCAGGACGCAUCCCCAGUAGUUUGGAGGGGACUGAUGGUAAUGUCUGCUAUAGAGCGCUUGCUCAGACAGGUAGAAUGGGGCUCUCUGGACUACUUGGUGGUAGACAUGCCUCCCGGGACGGGAGACGUCCAGCUGUCCAUCACUCAGAACAUUCCCAUUGCAGGGGCAGUUAUCGUUUCAACACCACAAGAUGUUGCUCUGCUGGACGCUCGCAGAGGAGCUGAGAUGUUUAGAAAACUUAACGUGCCGGUUCUGGGUCUGGUUCAGAACAUGAGCGUCUUCCAGUGUCCCAACUGUCAUCAUCAUACCCACAUCUUUGGAUCCAACGGGGCAAAGCAACUUGCUGAGACGAUCAGUGUCAAGUUUUUGGGUGACGUCCCUCUUCACCUAAACAUCAGAGAGACGUCGGACAAAGGACAACCCAUAGUCAUCUCUUCUCCUGACAGCCCAGAGGCUGAGGCUUACAGGAAGUUGGCAUCUGCUGUGAUCCAGAGCCUAGAGGAACAUACCAGAUGACUAAAAACUUCUUUCUCUCUUUGUUUCUUUGAUUUUUCUUUCACUCUGUCUUUUUGUUUGUUCCUUUCACCAUUUUUGUGCUUUCAUAGACCUCUGUCAUGUUGAAAAAUUUGAACCUGUAAAACUGUCAAUAAAUAAUUUAAUAAAAUCUUAAAACUUUA